GUUCGAUUUGUUCGGUGCUUUACGACUUCGGACUUACUACUCUGCUUCUUCAACGCUCUCACGGAUCGCCAGUCACCUCAUUUUAGUAUUUUUAACUUGUUUUUAUUGAAUGUAUUAUUAAUUUUGAAGUUUCCUAAAAUAUUAUUUUACAUAAUACCGUUCAUAUGCCUACCGUUUAAACAAGUUGUGACGAACAAAACAGGACCAGUGAAUGUUAUCAUCGUAAAAAUAUUGAAAUGAUCUAAAAAGAAAUACAUUAUUGAAUACAUUCAAGAUUUUAUAUUCAGACCUAGUAUUUGAAGAACUAGUCUACGGGUAUAAUUGUUAUAAACUAAUAUUACUAUCUCACACAUUUUAUUGAUCUCCAUAUAUUUUAGUGUUACUGUUCGAUAGUCAAACAUAAACAAUGAGUUACGGCGAUUCUGAAGCUAAAAUGAAUCUCUCUGCUUUGCAAAGAGUAGAUCCAUAUGUUGAUAGUAUUGUACAAACAGCAGGACACGUCGCUCUGUAUUCAUUCAAUGCAGAAGCGAAUGCAUGGCAAAAAACCAAUGUUGAAGGGACUUUACACGUGUAUACGCGAUCUGCUGAACCUUUGCACAGUAUUAUGAUAAUGAAUAGAUUAAAUACAAACAAUUUGAUGGAACCUAUUGAAAACGGCUUAGAUCUUCAACUUCAAGAGCCAUUUUUACUGUACAGAAACUGUGGUGGUUCUAUUUAUGGUAUUUGGUUUUAUGACAAAGAAGAAUGUGCCAAAAUAUCCAACAUACUCAAAUCAUUGAUCAAAAAUAUGAUAGUAAAACAAAAUGAUAAAGUUAACAAACAAGAAACUGGUUCCACCAAAAGUAUCGAUCUCGUUUCAAUGCUAAGUCGGGCACAAGAGGAUUAUAGGGCCAAUAAAACCAUCUCAAAGGGAUCUGAAACACCAUCCAAAAAAGUUGAAGAAAAUGCCCCUCCUCAAUGUGUUAUGGAUUUUUUUGCAAAAGCAGGAAGUGGAAAAAAUUUCUCAGAAGGAUUACCAUCAUUAUCAAGUUAUGCAAAUACACAAAGUACACAAACUCCAGCUUUGAAAACAGGAUCUAAUGAAUCUAUGUUGCACAAGUUGAUGGCCAGUCCAAUUCAUACAGUAGAACAAAUUGAAAUGCAACAAAGGUCAGCAACACCUAGAACAGAUAUCUUGGUUCCAACUCAUACUGAACAAACUAAAACAUGUUCAUUCAAUAACAUAAAGCCCAGAAGUUUGAUAAAUCAAUUAAAUCAGCAAGAUGAAGAUGAUACUUCCCACGCUAAUCGCAAUGGAUAUCAUCGACCAAAAGAUAUUAAAGAUAAUUCAUUUAGUUCAUCAUUGAUUGAUCAUUUUCUUAAUCAAAGCAAUCUAUCUGAAAAAUCAAAUAAAGUUAUGGGUGCAUCUAUGCCAUUAGAAUCACAACUUGAUUCAGAUGAGCUAAUGCCACCUACUAGGUUCAUAUUGGAUGAAAUUGAAGAUGAACUAGUUACCUCUUCAGUAAAUGCAAUGUCAAUAACAGAACCUAAACACCUGGAACCAGCAUCAAAUAAAUCUAAUAACAAAUUGGAACCAUUAACAAAGAAUCAGUUAUUACAAGCUUUUGAAUACUUAUUAAAAAAUGAUCCAGAUUUUAUGGUAAAAAUACAUGAAGGUUAUGUCAAGUCAUUAUUACGAAAUUAAGAUUAUCUAUUUGGAUUCCAUUACUUUAGUACAAGUAUGACUAUUUCUUUUUUGACAUUUUGACAAAAAUUGCAUUAUUUUUUAAGCAACAUAUAUAUUUUUUUCCAAACAAUAAUAGUUUUUAAUUGAUACAUAAAUAAUGAAAUAAAAUAAUAAAAAAACAACUAUUCCCUAUUUUAUUUUGUGAAUUGAAACUAUUUUAUUAUAUACAAUGUGCAUUAUGGUAGUAUCUGAGCAAUUCAGAACAAAUGCAUGUAUAGAUUGAACAUUUUGAUUUAUAUUUUGAACGUUGUUGGUACUUCAAAGUAUUAUUUUCACUAUCAAUAAUUAUUAAUUACUCUAAAUAGUAUUUCAAUUUAUUUGACUGAAAAACCAAUACAAUUAUUAUUACCAACUGCCAUAUAUUUAUGCUGUUCAUUAAUAAAGCUGUUGGGUAUAUUAAUUGUAAUUAACUAUUUUAUUGUUUAUUUUUUAAACUAAAUAAUCAUCUGGUUUCCGAUUUAUUAUUUGUU